AUGGCACCCUCAGAAGAAUCCAUCCUGAGCAACUUUCUGCUCUCGCCGGCACCGUUGCCGACGGUCAUCUCUUUGCGGAAAUUCACAGAGCUGUUCCCAAAGCGUUUGCAAAAUCACCCGCACAUCCGCACGCUGUACCGUGAACUGCAGCAGGUCCGUGAACAUGACAUGGACCGAGUAAAUGAAAACAUCGACCAGGAGAUCAGGCAAGGCAAACAGCAACAAGCUGAGCUCCGCAAGGCGAGUCUCGCGGCAGGCGUCGAGGCGGUUGAUGCCGAAGAACAGCGGUCGAUGGAUAUUGAUCUCCAUCUCUUUGGCCAGACGUCGUCGACCAAUCCGGAUGAUUACCACUCGGUGGCUAGUCUCCUGGCGGCGAUGGAGACUGCCUCUGCCAACAUGGAGCGUGAAAUUGCAGAUGUGGAUGAAGAAGCUGCGAGCCUCUUGCAAGAGCUCCAUACAACUGUUGGCGACAUGAGUGACCUCCGCUACGGCAAGUUGCAAGGGCCAGCUGGCACAGCUAACGACCUGGCCGCCGAGACCAUCCAGGGCCUACAAAAUCUCGAGGAUGCCUGCUACAAGGGCAUAGGCUCUAGCACGUCUUGA